GCUCCCCAUCCAGGCGGAGCGAAGCGCUCGUGCCGGGCGCGCGAAUGUGGCGCUGAGUUCCGAGGCGCCUGCAGCAGCAGACAGAGACGAGACGCGCGAGACCGCCGGCCCGAUGGCGUCCGCCUUCAACGACAUCGUGAAGCAGGGCUACGUGAGGACCCGCAGCCGGAAGCUGGGGAUUUUUAGACGCUGCUGGCUUGUGUUCAAAAAGGCGUCCAGUAAAGGUCCACGGCGGUUGGAGAAAUAUCCGGAUGAGAAGGCCGCCUACUUUAGAAGUUUCCAUAAGAUCACCGAGCUACACAACAUCAAGGGCAUUACCAGAAUGCCACGGGAGACCAAGAAACACGCAGUGGCAAUUAUCUUCUCCGACGAAACAUCCAAGACGUUCGCCUGUGAGUCAGAGCUCGAGGCUGAGGAGUGGUGUAAGUUGCUGUGUUUGGAGUGUCUGGACAGCAGGUGUAAUGACAUCAGCCUUGGUGAGCCAGACCUGCUCGCCGCCGGUGUGCAGAGAGAAGAAAGUGAGAGAUUUAACGUUUAUCUGAUGCCCACUCCAAACCUGGACAUUUACGGAGAGUGCACAAUGCAGAUCACACACGAGAACAUCUACCUGUGGGAUGUCCACAACACUAGAGUCAAACUGGUCAUGUGGCCUCUCUGCUCCCUACGACGAUACGGACGACAUUCUACCUGCUUCACCUUUGAGUCUGGCAGGAUGUGUGAUACGGGAGAGGGCCUCUUCACGUUUCAGACGCGAGAGGGAGAGGUGAUCUACCAGAGAGUCCACGCUGCUACCCUGUCUAUUGCUGAGCAGCACGAGCGUAUGAUGUUGGAGCUGGAGAAAAAUGCACAGACUCUUUCGAGCGAGAACACAUUAAGGAAGUCGAUAUCUCUCCCACGGAGUGCAUACUGGCGUCACAUCACCCGGCAGAACAGCGUGGGCGACAUCUGCAGCUAUCAAGGUAUAAGUACCACAAUGACACUCAUCCCCCGAGCACAGACUUUCCAAAGCUUUCUCUCUGAGCAGACUGAGGAGGAAGGCAAGUGUGAGAGAGCAACCUCCCCCUCUAGUGGACACAACAGGCAUUACAGCCCAACACUGCUGCAUUGACGCACACUCUAAUGGCUUAAAACAAGCAGGAAAGAAGGAAAUUUGACAACUUUAGAAAACUGAUAGACACUGAUAGUACAGUAUAGGACUGGCGCAUUACUGACUAUGUAGAGUUGUAUGUGUUCUAAACCUGUCUACAUCUACAGAUAUCUUUUUGUACAUGACGUAAAACAACAAAGGCCUUUUUGUGAGUAAAUGUUUUUUUGUUUUAAUGGAAAUCCUUCCUGCACAUACCUUCCUGUUGCUUGUAUUUCAUUAUCACAUCAAAGCAGCACACGCUAGAGGAGUCCUCGCCGCGCUUCUCUUUAAACAUAAGAAACGGUUAGUGUGGUACUGCACACAGCACUUUUAAAUCAAGGCCUGCUUUGCACCUGACAUUCUUUGUUUCUGUGUUCUGCCAUUUUGUCUGUGAUCUGUGAAGUGGUCCUAAAAUGUCAGUCUUUUCCUUUCUGAAGUGUUUAUAGUUUGUGUUCAGUAGUCCUGGCAGACAAAACACAUUUUAUGGCGUGAGCCAUAACCCAGGCUUUCCGACCUCAGAUGAGGUGCAUAGCUUCUGCUGUCCACAGCAGGCACAUGGGCCGCACACUCCGCUCCGAGCACCGAGCUUAUCUUGCAGUGGCCAUGUCGAUGUUUCUGAACACGGCUUUAAAUUACGGUCUGAAAUACACUUCGAAAAUGAAAAGUUGUUUUUGACAAGCUGAGCUUAUUGGGAUUUUGCCAUGUGAUCUGCUGUAAAAUUAUAUUUAUACAAUAUAUAUUUUUUAAACGACAGUGUUUGUAAACACCACUGUACAGUGGAUUGUGAUGAAUAACAGGUUUUCAGGCAGGUAAAUUGUCUAAGUAUAAAUGUCUGUUACAAAGUCAACAUGGCAACACUGAUUUGAAGCCCCGCCCACCUCCCCAUCACUUAUAAAGAGGCUUGUGUUGCAGAUUCUGAUUGGCUGCACUGGAAAAGUAAAAACCAGAAACUUUUCUGCAUCCGGCCCUCUGAUCCAGACCUGAUCCAGAUCCUUCAGAUACUCAGAUAGUUAAUGUAACUUUGUGGUUUAUAAAUCAGCUUUCGAGUUCUACAGAUAUAACUACAGAUAUUUCAACCUCCCUUGACCUAAGAGUCUGUGUAACAUCUGGGGGUACCAAACAGUUACAUUAACUUUUCCCUUAAACACCAAAAAAGAAAAGAAAAAAUGAAAAAUAAGCAAAUUCAGAUUGAAAAGUUGAAGUGUAACAGCUCAGACCCCUGCGUGUUCUAUGUCCAUGUUACACAAACACACAGCAGUACACAUGCAGCCAAAAGAUCAUCAGCUACUGGAGACUAUAAUGUUAUGUUUUGCUUAUUUACUUGUCCAGUACGUCCUGUGUUCAGCUAAGGGGGUUGAAGUUAAUGAGUGAACACUAAUGAGCUCAACCUCAGCCCUGUACCAGAGAACAGCUACUGGGAGGUCUGAAGGCAGGGUACGAUUGUGGGAUCUGACUGUGGGGGCUGACCAUACGCUCUAAAGGUCUGCUCUGGAUAAAGACAGGAACGAGCAGUAAAACUAGAAUACAUUCGCAGACUUCACAACUGAACUUCAAGACAACAUCUGUUCAGGGGCCGACAUUUUUCAUGAAUUUCCUGUAUUUUUGUUUUUGUGUCCAUCACAGCCCCAUGUACAUUUUCUUUUGCUCUUUACAAAACAACAUUCCUUUUGUCUAGCAAGAUUUCCUGUCUAACAGUGUGAUCGAGUUGGUUGUACUGGAACUUUAGAACUCCACGGUCUGUUCCGGGCUCCUCCCGGGUCAGAUGCCGUUUGGAGAAAAAUACCUCUGUUGUCUCUCCUGGGCUUUGGAAUUUUAUUACGGUGUGCAAAGAUAUGAGUUGUUUGUUCGAGCCUCAACUUUUCUCUUCUUACUGUCUUACUGCUGUUCUCACACACAAUGGAAUCCUGUCCGGUAUACAUUAACUUUCACAUAAGAAAAUAAAACGAAUGUGUUCGUCUAUACAACAGGGCUUUGGGAUGUACCUGCAAGGUUCUUUACGCUGUGUGCAUUGUUUUUUUGUGCAUCAUACAUUUUCCAUUUUUUAAUGUAAAUUAAAUGAUUUAUGUGAAUGA